AAAAAUAAACGGGUAAAUUUUAAAAUAUAUAUUAUCACUUAUACAAAUAAAUAUUCAUUUAUCAAAAAACUAACACCUGCGCGGAUGCGCGGGUCAAGCUCUAGUUUUAACUAUUAAAUCUCAAUAAUAUUAAUUUAUAUAGGUUGUAUUAUAUUUAUAUCUACUGAGAAUUUAUAAGUUACCUUUUAAAUAAUUAAAAAUCCCUAUUGAUAUAUAUAUUUGUAUUGAUAAAUCUUCGUGUCCAACAAAAAUAUUUUUUAAAAAUGUAUAGAUAAUUAAUAGAUUAGGUUUAUACAAAGAAAACCCGGUCUUGGACCAAGCCAAGGAAGCAUUGGCUUCCAGUCGGCUAACGUUUACAAAGUGGACUAGCCAAAAACGUAACAUGCUGUCUGAUCCGAGUUUGGAAUAUUUUCUGACUAAUGUCAGGGAAUGAACCGAUCAUUUAUUACGUCCCACCAUAUAAACCACUUGGACCGAAACUCAAUCUAAUACUGGCCAUGUAAUGAUAAUUUAGUUAUAAGGAAAAAUCAAACCAAUACUGAUGUGGAUACAUACCAAGUCCCACAAGAUUACCACUGUGUUGAAAGAUACUAUUACAAAUAUUUUUAGUUUUUACGGAAAAAAUAUCAUACAAAAUAUCAUUAUAUUCCGUCUAGUAUCCAUUUAUGUCUCUUUAGAAGUUUGACUACAAAUGUUUAUGGCUCAUUUUGGCAUUUGACUUCAAAUAUAUGUUUGAACUUUGAGAAAUUAGUUCGAUGCUUUUUGUUUUGACUAAGAAAUUAAUUUGAUGUUAUCAUCAAUAUUCAGCAUUCAGCAUAAAUGACCAUUUCUUUUGGAAACAAAUCAUUACAUAUACUUUGCUAUUGGCGCACUACACUAUAUAUAUACCACCUAGAUGUUCCAAUGGUAUACCAAUAAUUGUCUCAACCAAUUAUCAAAGAAAAAAAACUAGAAAAUAUGAAGAAUAUAUUUUCACUUGUGGUUGUAAUCAUCUUCUUUGUCAUGCUUUCAUCUGUUGUUAAUAAGGUGAAGGCAAACUCAUGCCAAGACCCUCUAGGUAGUUGUCUACAAUGUGAUGAGAGAUGCAAGGCUAAACAUGGGCCAACGGGCCAAGCAAGUUGCGACAACAGAAACCAACUUUGCACGUGCUAUUACACGUGCGGACCGCCAUCACCAACUCCUCCACAUCAAAAACAAUGCUACGGUGGGACUGGCUUGUGCAGCAGUGCAUGUAAUCAAAACUGUGCACAAAAGUAUCUUGGUGGAUCUGGAUUUUGUGAGAGCAUUGGCAACACUAGACUGUGCAAAUGCCAGUAUCCUUGCUAAUAAAAUUUUUUUUAUAAAUGAAACAAAUCAAUAAAACGGAAUCAGUUUACUUUCGUAUUUUUAUUUGGAUGGUGGUAAUUAGAUAGGCUUUUCGGACAUUAAAAUGUUAAAUAUUACUCUAUAUAUUCUGCAUCACCUGGUUCUAACUAUAAAAUGGUCUCUACUUCUUGCUCUUCGUAAAGUAUGGACUCAACCAUUUACCAAAAAAAAUAUUUUACAUUACUGUGUUCAAACAUAAUCUUUUUGGUACAUGUUUUGCUGACCUUAGUUUAUAUAAUACUUAAAACUGUAAAACAUAUGAAGCAUUAAGCAUUCGAUUGAAAGCGAAACUAAAUUCUAUUAUAUAUAUUAUCCGGAUACGUUAUAUAUUGUUUUGGAGAAUUUUGGUUUAGAUCAUGUAUGUAAAUUUGAACCACGAAAUUUGUAGUUUUAUUUAAGGAGGUUAUGGGGAGAUAAAUUUGUAUAGAUUUUGUGAAUUUUAACAAUUGUAAAUUUAUAAAAGUUAUGUAGAUUGUGAAAAUUUAUAUACAUUGACUUAUGAAAUUUGAUCAAAAUUUUUUUAGAUUGGCUAAUAUUCUUUUGAUUUUUUUCAUUUUUUUUGUCAAAACUUCUUUUUUUUUAAAAAAAUUAUAAAAUGUUUUUUGAAACUGUUUUAAUAUUUUAAUUUUUUCUAAUAUUUAUAAAUAUAAUUAUAUAUUCAAAAUUGAUAAAACAAUAUAAAAAGAAUUAUAUAUCCAAAAAUGUAAGAGUAUAUAAAAUGUAAUGGAUUAUAGUUUUGGACAUAUAACUUGGAUUUAAAGUGCAAUAUAUAUUUGGUAAGUAUAAUUAUUUUGUUUUCUAGUUUUUUUUAUCACAUAGAUUUUGAAAAUCACAUAGAUACAUAUGAUAUUUUGAAAAUUGAGUCUAAUGAAUAAAAAUGAAUAGAAUUCACCUCCCAAUAACAUUAGAUUUAAUUAAAAUUAGAAAAUCAAUAAUAACUAAACUUUUUGAAUAAUAAAUAAUUUGAAUAAAUUUUGAAAAUUCUUAUACCUACAACAAUGGAUUCUAUUAAGAUUUUUGAAAUCCAAGAACCAAUAAUAAUGAAAUCUCAAAAUUUUCAAAGUUUAAUGAAUAUAGAGCAUUUCUGGUUGCUUCAUAAUAUAUAGAUUUUAGAGGAGAUAUCCAUGUGUACGUACAACAUUAUUAUUAUUUUUUGUAACAUAAAAAUCUACGUACAACAUUAUUGGGUGGUCACGUUUUUGUAUUUUGAAAUAAAGGGUUAUGCUUUGAUUUAUUUAGUUCAUUCGCGAUGUCUCAAGAUAUCUUGUCGUAAUUUACGAUGAUUACAACGAUUCGUUUGCACGAGAAACUAAACAAUAUGUACUAAAAAAAAUUGUUUGAAAAAGAUGUAAUUAAAAAACUUAGCUACGUUGAUCAAUUCAAUUCAUAAAAUCAACACCAUCCACAAACCAAUAUAAUGGAAAUUGUUAUUAUUUUAUCAUCGUCCCACAUAAAAAAUAGUCGGUUUACAAUUUUGUCAGCCAGCUUUAACAAGGAUACUUGCACUGGCAAACACUAGUAUUACCGAGGGUGAAACACAUCCCACUUCCACCUGUAAACUUAAGUGCACAGUUAAUAUCGCAACAUUUUUGGGGACACCUUACACUACAUAAACCGGCCCCACCAUUGCAAGUAUUGAGUGGAGUCAGCGAGGGUGGUUCACAUUGGUAGUGGCACAUGCACAUAGGCAUCCCAGUAUGGGUUUCACAUUCCCCUUGGCCUGAUGGCCCGUGUUUGGACUUGCAUCUCUGCUCGCAGUAGUCGCAAGUGUAUAGUCCAUCGACGCACAUAUCUGCUCUAGUCUGAUUCACAACUGUAACAUUGUAUACAUUGUAUAUACAUUAUUAAACUUACCAUAAAAUAAAUGUGAGAAAAAUGUGAUCACAAAAUUAUAUUAAAGAACUUUUGAAACUGUAUGAAAAAUGCGGCUAAAAAUAAAAUAAACAUAAAAAUAGAGAGAUAUAAUAAUACCUGAGGCAGAAAUGAUAAGUAGGCUAACAAGUAAUAUAAGUUGAGUUAUUCUCUCCAUAUUUUUACGUUUACUAGUUUUCUUCUAAGCUUAUCUUUCUCUGAGGUAUUUGUUUGUAUAUUGUCAGGACAUUUGU